AUGGCGCCGCCCAGCAGCCUCGGCAAACGCGUAAAGGGUACACAGAUUAAACGACCCUUCAUUUACGGCACGACCGCCCGACCCUUCGACCCCGAAUCCAACCCCAAGCCGGAAGGCGUACCGGCAGACCACACCCAUUCAUGGGAGGUCUUUGUCAAGGCCAUCGACGAUAUCGACAUCACGUACUGGAUUCGGAGAGUGCAGUUCAAGCUACACGAGUCCAUUCCUAACCACGUUCGCAUGAUCGACGGCGAACCGGGCAAACCGUUCCUUAUCCAAGAAACCGGAUGGGGAGAGUUUGAAAUCACCAUCAAGAUAUACUACGCGACCGAGUCGGGAGAGAAACCUCAGACGCUGUACCACAACCUGCGUCUUCACCCAUACGGACGGACCGACGCCGAGAAGGAGCAGAUGCUGCGACAGAACGACGGCGAGAUCCGCGCUUGGGCCUACGACGAACAGCUUUUCAACGAGCCGUACGAAGCCUUUUACGAAGUGCUCACCUCCGGUGCUCAUCCCAAGGGCCACCCAGUUGGCAAAGGAGGCAAAGGCAAGAACAAACCGAUCCCGGCCUUGCCAGAGAAGACAUCAAACGUCCAGGUGGCGUGGGAGCGCAGCGCACUGCUGCCCGCCGUCAACAAGCCUGGCCAGCCGUUCAGUCUCGAGACUGAGCAGAUUGAGGUCAAGAAGCUCAAGGAGGCCGAGACCACGGCCAAGGGAAUGGCCAAGCAGCAGCUGGAGAUUCUCAAGGAGAAGGAAGCCCAGCUGGCUGCGCUAAAAGCGGAGAACGCUGCUGCUGCUACGGCCGGUUAG